AAACUGGAAACAAAAUAUAUUGUGAAUUAUUAAUGAAGUAUAUUCCAAGUAAUAUUCUAUCAAUCACCAAAUUUUCACCUCAUAUGUUCCAUCCGUGUAAUCUCUAUCUAAACUUACAUCCUCAUUCACUAUAUAUACAACCAUAUAAAGUCUAAACCCUUAUAUCGUACCACAAAAAUCUGAACAAUAUUAUUGCAGAUGUUUGAGAAACAAAGUAACCAAGAUAGGAAGGCUCUAGAGAUUCUCUUUACCUCUUCAAAUGACUUGGUAACUCGGGAACUAACCAGUUCUAACGAAUGGAACCGUCAAUGGAGCUGCUUGGAGAGAUGCAACAGUAUAAGCCUCGACACCAUGUCACCAUAGUUUGUCCAUUCAGCUCGGUGUUUUCUCAAGAACCUCAGCAGAAGGGGUGGAACAUUCUUCAAGGGAACACAAGUCGUCUCUGUGGAGUUGUCUGCAAGCCUAUUGUCUAUUCUCACACCACAGGUUCUGACCAUGUGGAAAAUGAUAGACAUGUGGAAGAAGAAGCACAACCCAUCCGGAAUAGUCUACGAAUGAUCGCAAGCAAGCUUGAUGUUUUACCUGGUGAUGAGUUUCGUGUGGCAUAUGAAGAAACAGUCAAAUUUGGUAGCCAUGUGAUCGUCAGUGCAGGUAACUUUGAUAAUUCAAGAACAUGUAUUCAUAUUUUAAAUCUAUUUUCUUAAGGAGUCGUAUGCAUUGGUAUUUAUUGGAGACCGAUCAACAUGGGCCAAAAUACCACUAUGGCACAAAGUGAAGUUUUUGUAUGGCUUUAGUGUUUCAACUUUCAAGCUGUCUUUCUACCGAGCUCUGAGAAACUUAACAAUGGUUAAAGUCUUUUGCUUCCUUUUUAUUUGAAGGUUACGUGAUUAAGUUAUUAUUUUAAAUUUUAAUUUAACAACUUCAUUAAAAUAAUAAAGAAACUGUGAACAUUAAUUUCGCUAUAUUUUUAUAUUUCUCGCUACUUA